CCCGGACUUAAUGAAUGUGUACGAUCCUGGUCCGGUCUGCUAUGUACUGGAUACGUCUACAAUGAAUUCGUACCAUCAUCACCCCCGGCACCCCCGACAUCCAACAGCGGGCCAUAUGCAUUGCAAAUCAGCCGUCUUGUCCGGCAGUUGUACACACAUCCUACUCAUACACAGACUAGACAUAUAUGUAUGGUCAAACACAAAGCCAAGACACUGAUGGGCGAAUGGGUGUGUUCGACCCUCCUUCGCCUGUGUCCAUGAGUCAGUCACGUAGUCCCUGACACCCACACCCACAUGGCGAGAGAAAUGAGCGAUAUAUACACACCCACAUAGGGGAGGGAGGACCCAUGCAGGGGGGCAGGGCCAUGGGAGAGGGGGGCGGGGAGCUGCGAUUGUCACCAUAUAUAUAUGUAGGUCUGUCUGUCUGUCUGUCUCUGUAUGUCUGAACACACUGGGCGAUACAUAUGCGUCAAAAACAGCAGACACACCACUGUCAAAACGUAAUGCAGACAGUGCGAAAAGGCAUCGCACAGACAGGCGAACCACACGCUGACUUGACUAGGCCGCACUUGUCUCUCUCUUGAUUGACCGUGGAGCCUUCGGACACGCUGGAGCAGCCAGGUCAGGUGCCUCUCGACGUUGUGGCUGAUGCGCACCAGCCGCUCCAGACAGCCAGCGUCAUGGUUGAUGCGCUUGAUGUGCUCCUCAAUCUCCUGACUGUCCCCCUGAUCGCUGCAUACACCACACACACAGAUGUGGUGGGCAUCCAUCCAUCCAUCUGUGCCUCAUUCUCUUCUCUCACAUGAACUGCAGAUCCAUGAGGGUGAGAUAUUCCCUUUCGAGCUGCAACAGCAGAUCCAUGAGGGGCAGAUGCCAGCCGCGCCCAGCCCCGCCUUGCUCGCCAUCCUCCUGCUGCUGCUGCUGCUGCUGUUGAUGGUGAUCACUGGUGUCUGCGGGCGACAGACUGGGCGGCGAUGCUGACGGGCCGGACGGCAUCAUGCCCUGCUGCUGCUGCUGCUGCUGCACUUGCACGUUCUCCGAACACCUGGACACCCACCCACCCACCCACAGACGAGCUAUGUGGGAAUGCACAGACCUCCAUCCCCUCCUACUAGUUUUGGCUUACUCCUGCACGUCUGGCUGGAAGUGGCCAUGCGGCUGCUCGGCUCCGCUGGGCCGUGCGAGUUCAGCAACGGCGCCCUGCAAGAUGAUGUGGAACUUUCGAGCACGGUCGGUCAGCUGCUCCAGGUGCUGCUCGACCCUCCAGCUUAACUCCGCAAGCCACUCCUGCCCGCUCAGGUCACGGUACUCCUUGAUGUGCUGCUCCAUCUCGCGCUGAUCCGCCUCAGUGGCACAACUUAAUUCAGCACCCACACACACACAGACGUGACGGCCAUCCAUCCAUCCAUCCAUCAGUGUCUCUCUCCCUCUCCGCUCACCAGAAGUGUAAACUCAAGGCGGUGUGGUACUCCUUCUCGAGCUCCCCAUUGGACAGGUUCCGGAGCAUGCCCUGGAUCAUCUCAACGCGCUCCUCGAGGGGCAGCUGGACGCAGAGAUGUCUGCGGGGGCCAGGCACUCGGGCGAGAUGGUGGACGACGUUGUCGAGGACCAGAUCCACAUAACGAAUCAUCUUCUGAGUCCGCCAACUGAUGCAUGGGCCAAGCCAAAGACACACACGCACGGGCAGACCGACAGGUAGAUGAUCUCUUGCCGUCUUUCUUUGAGAACAGACAGAUGCCGCAGACCUCGUAGUGAGGGUCUUGACCGCGCGGUAUAGAGCUUCACUGGCACGAAGACAUCGACAGCAUGCCGUAUGCGGGGCUUGUGUAUGCGUGUGUGUGUGUCUGUGUGUCCUUACACGUCGGCCUGAGGCUCUUUCUGGUAGGAGAUAUCACGACCCUCAUACAUACAGCCUUCACCCUCUGUCAAGUCCUGGGUCGACCGCAAUCUGACACUGACGCCGUGCUUCUCCAACGCGCUGACCGUCUCGAUGAUUCGCCUACAGACGCGCGCGCACACACAUGCAGACACAGACACACCGCACGCACCAUCUGCUCAUUCCUAAUCCUCUCCAUUGUGUUCCUUACUUGUGUAGCCGGUCUCUGUUGGCCACAGAUGCCGGUAUGGCUGGCGGAUCCGUCGAAGAUGAGGGCGACGACAACGCGGGCGUGGAGUUACCUGGAUGCAGGGAGCGCCAUACACCACAUUCAACAUGACAGCAACAACACGUGAGCAAGCAGGUUCCGGUGGCCUACCGUCAGAUGCGGUGCGCAACUUGUUGACGGCUGCAUCCUUCCCCACCGGCCUGACCUGGCGCUUCUGCGCAUGACACACCAUGCCCGCCAGACAAAGUCGCUAUCGCUUGAGGCCUUCCCUCCCGUCGUGCUGUGCCUGACUGCCUGACCUGCAUGGCGUAGAUUUCGAUGUCGUCAGCAGUGAAGUCCACACACCCCACCAGACUCUCCCACUUGCUGAUGAUGAAAGGAUUGACGGCCAUGGCGUCCCCCCAAGAUUCUUCGGGGCAUACCAUCCUGGUCGUGUGCGGCCAGACGAAGUGACAGACCCGACGGAGAUCACCGGCCGGGCCAGUCACCGCCUCCCCGUCAGCAGGGGACACCACACCAUCCCUCGCGAGAAGGCCAUUUGUAGCGUAGCCCAGCCAGAGGCGGCCUCCCGCAAUUGCCACACUGCCCGUCGGACGGCCGACCAUCGCACAGCCGACCAUGUCCACCACUGCGUCCUCUGGCCCUGCCAGCUCCACGAUCCAGUCGUGCUGCGGCACCUCCACCGGCGUGAUGCCCUCAUCCUUUCUGGUGGAGAAGAAGGUCACGGGGCAGUUGAUCUCAAACGUGGCAGGGUCACGUCCUGGACGGCUCUUGGCAAGGACCACCCCCCAACGCAUCAUGUGCUCGAUCGACGUCGAGCAGCCCAACGGACUGCGAUGCACUCGGAAUGGAGACGUGGGGUGGUCGAGUAGACAAGCCAGUUUGUGGGUGUCGGUGCGUUUGACGACCAGCAGGAGGGGCGUGGCCUUGACGUCAAACUCGCUAAAGACUGUUCUGGGAUACUUGUCCGCCUGCAGGAGUGUGCUGCCCUCGCCGACCUUGGCCAUCAUCGUCUCAUGCGACCAGCCGUCACGACGCGCCCUGAGAGAGAGAGAGAGAGAGAGAGAGAGAAGACACGAUGUCGCUCUGCCGCACAUGCCCUGUGUAUAUGUGUAUAUGUGUAUGUGUGUAUUGCUGUCUGUCUCACUUGUAGAGGAGGUGCGCGGAGGCCUUUCCUUCGCUCGCCACGCUGACGAGCUCUUUGAACUGCACCUCAGGCAAUAUCGGGGGAGCCACCUCGUCACUCCACACCUGCAUGCGACCAGAACACAAACCAGACACACAUCAGCAAACACUCUCACAUCACGCUAGCUGCAUGCUUAAGCCAACGCACCCGCCCGCUGACCUCAUAGAAUUCGAUGCAUCGAGCCCUUCCGAACGUCACACCGGUGCCUCUGAAUGAGUCGGCGCCGUUCCGCAGCUGCGCCGUCCGCUGCUGCGUCUCCUCGGCAGAUGGGAGAAGGCACACCCGGCACUUCCGCAUAUCGUCGUCCUUGCCGACCCCCAGCCACAAUCGCCCGCCGGCCAAGGCCACACGGCCCUUGACGGUCUCAUCGUUGGUGGCCUUGACGACGCCAGUGACGCCGCCGUGGACCCCUGCGGCGAUGACGAAGUGGUCGUGCUGUCCGUCGUCCUCUGGCGGCACCUCGGUGGUGACGAUGCGCUUCUCGCCAGCCUUCAUGGUCAUCCGGUGGAAGGUGACCUUGCGGCCGGUGAGCUGGGGAAAUGUGCUGUCAGUGCGGAGGGGGAGGGGGCCGUCGAUGUGACACAGGAGCCGCUGCGCGUCGUUCGUCUCGAUGACCAUCAGGCGCUCUCCCACACCACCACCACCACCACCACCCAGGUAGCUCAUGAGAUCAGCGUACGACACGGCAUCCUCCUUCCUAGGAAAACUCCUAAACACACACACACACACACACACAUACACCCAUUAUUCUUCCCAUUGUCCCCUUCCCUUGUCGUUGCCGUACGUGUGGCGGUGGCGGAUGUUGUAUGUCUUGCCCAGGACGCAGCGAUAGGCCUGCUCGAAGACGCCGUACAUCUCACACAUGUCGGCCAGCCCCCUCGGGUCGUCCGAGAAGGGCGGAUACGGCAGAUCGCUGUCCUCGACGCCGCCGUCGCCCGACAUCCGAAUGCGCCGCGCCCAGUCGACCACCCUGCAGACAGGACAGAGAGAGAGUCGCAGGCCGUUGUGGCUUGUGUGCUGCUGUCUGACGUGCGUACUUUUGGAAGUGUGUGACCCGCUUGUGGAACUGCUCCACAGUCUCACCCGCACUCCGCGAAUCAGUCGUGGAAAACCUGCACACACACACACAACACUGAUGCCACCCUGCAUGUGCCGCUGUGUCCUUCCCUCCCUCUGUCCCUCUGACUGACUGACUGACUGACCAUUUGAAUUGGUGGUCGAGCAGUUCGAAGUGCUCGAGCGUGGCGUCAGUGGUCGACACCGCACACACACACGUGCCGACGCCGCUGUCGGUGAAGAUCAUGGUCUUGACCUCACGGCCGCCCCUCCCGCCACAGUCGGCCUUGAUGAAGGGUCCCACCAGCGCCAUGAAGCCCGCCACGGCCGCUUUGCCCUCACUGCUCGGCGCCUUGUUGUCGGUGCUCAUCAAUGUGGGAGCGAGGAAGCGCAGGCGAUAGUCAGGAAAAUCCGAUCUAAGGAAGCUGCUGCCUGGCACACCACUCAACAGCCCAGCCAACCUGCCAACCAGAAGCACGCAGCGACAGACAGACAGACAGACAGACAGGCAGCUGUGAGUGAUUGCCCUGCCCGCGUGUUUGUGUGCCGCUGUCUGCCCACUCACUGAUGCACUCACCGGAUGAAGAACUCGGGAUCAGCGUCGAUGAAUGGGACGUCAUUGUCGUCGGUCAGCAGCCACAUGGGGAAGCGGUGAAGCAGCACAGAGAGGCACGACUGCUGCCACUCGGAGCGAAGCAGUGCACCGACUGGGAAGCCAAUGACGCGGCCGCCGACGUUGAUCUUCAUCUGUUGCUUCUCGCUGUCGUGGCUGCUGCUGCCUUCGGUGGCAGCGGUGGCCGGGCUGCUCUUCAUGGUUGCUUCCGUCAGAGGAGUGGCGAUGGGAUAGAAAGACGAUGCUGGUCACUCUUCAGAACACUCGAGCAUCGAACGAUGAGUAUACUGCUGCCAUAAAAUUCAAU